AUGGAUCCCUAUCGUAACUUUGACCAUCGUCCUCUAUGUGCUGAUCAUAAGGAGAUGCUUCCACCUCCCGUCGUAGCAGCUGCCGCCGACCACACUCCGAUCGCUCCAUCGAGUGGGCCAGUACGCACUCAGAAAGACACACUCAGAGUAUCGCCCUACAGCAGUCCUUCUCCUGAACCACAGCCGCGCCGACAGCAUACAGCUGUAUUGCCCUCACCUUCGUCGCUCUCUAUCGAAUCGCUUUCCAGCGAACUCGAAUACGACUCCGACAGAGAACGGAUUGCACGUCUACGAAACACUCAGCGAUACAGUGGCGAUCAUGGCAAAGCGACUCAAGGAUCUGACAACAUUCAGGCGGAAAGAGAAUCUCGUUCACGCAAGAGUGUAACCUUCUCCGCGGAACCCACGAGAAGGCGCAGUCCACCUGCCCUUGUUUUCGAGGAUGACUCCGAUGAUGAUUUUCUGAUACCAAAACCUCCUGGUGAGGUAGGAAGGCCUGGUCGCGGCGGAUACUCUCUCUUUGAAGUCUUGGGAUGGCCCAAGAAGAAGUACGAUAAAGUCAAGAAAUACAUCAACACCCUUGUUGAGGACCAUCUGGAAUGCGAGCUUCCUAUGAGCGAACAAUCGGUGGCAAAUGUAAAAAGGGUUCGACAACAGGCCGUCGAAAAGUACAUAUUCCUGAAGGAAUACAGCGGGCUCUGGGCCGUCGAUGACUUCAUUCGGAACCAUCUGAAAUACCAGAAGUGUGUUCUCAAGAAGGAGAAGCUAGAGAAAAUUGUAGCCGAAGCUCGACCUGCUGAGAAGAAGGAUACGAGAUCUCGAGCUAGUGGGAAGUGA